GUUCGGGAGAGAACCUCACUUUCCCUGUUCGUAUGGUAACUGAUCACAACAAAUCGUGGUCCGGAUGGUGAGGGCGCGGGGCAUGCAUAAAUAAACAGUUGAAGGGGGAUUAUGAUGUUCAGCUAGUCAUAGAAACCGAGGAGAGUCGCGUGUUUUCAUAAAGCUGAAGUUGUCAGUGUUUUGUUUUCAGAGCAACAGGCAUUUGUUUUUGUGGGUUUUUGUAAAAAUCUAGGUCCCAAUCUUUGUUCUAGCUUUCAAAGUCAGGAUGGGGUGUUCUUCAUCUAGUACGCAGACAGUAGCGCAAGAAGGCAACAGACCAGGCACCAAACCCGAGGAAAGCAAUGGAGAGGGCACAUUUGUGGGACGUAAUGAAAAUGGCGUCAUCGCCGAGGACUGUGAGACCAUUGCGGACCAGAUGCAGCUACCUGUUCAGAGUCCGCUACCUGAUGAUUUACCGCGAGCCGCCGUGGAGGUAGAGGAACCUGUGGCGGCUGCAGUCGUGGAGAGUUCUGCAGCUGCUGAGGAGGUCCAGGCUGUCAGCGAUGCCCCAGCAGAGAGUGCCUUGCCUGAGGCUCCUGCAGAGACACAGGCACCUGAGCCAGCCCCUGAACCAGAAUCAGCUCCUGAACCAGCCCCUGAACCAGUGUCAGCCUCUGAACCGACCCCUGAGCCAGCCCCUGAACCUGAGCCAGCCCCUGAACCAGUGUCAGCCCCCGAACCUGAGCCAGCCCCCAAACCAGUGCUAGCCCCUGAACCAGCCCCUGAACCUGAGCUAGCCCCUGAACCAGUGUCAGCCCCUGAACUAGCGCCUGAACCAGUGUCGGCCCCUGAACCAGCGCCUGAACCAGUUUCAGCCCCUGAACCUGAGCCAGCUCCUGCACCAGUGUCAGCUCCUGAACCUGAGCCUGCACUUGUAGCAGUGGAAGAGGCCUCUGUUUCUGUGGAACAGACCCCUACACCCGAGCCAGCCCCCACUGUAGUUGCAGAGGCGCCUGCACCUGAACCAGCCCCCACUGUAGUGGAGGCCCCCGCUGCAGCUGAGCCGGCCCCCGCUGCAGCUGAACCGGCCCCUGCUGCAGCUGAACCGGCCCCUGCUGCAACUGAACCGGCCCCUGCUGCAGCUGAACCAGCCCCCACUGUAGUGGAGGCAGCCCCUGCAGCAGCUGAGCCAGCCCCCAUUGCAGCUGAACAAACCCCCUCUGCAGCUGAAAAAACCCCCGCUGCAGCUGAGCCGGCCCCCGCUGCAGCUGAACAAACCCCCGCUGCAGCUGAGCCGGCCCCCGCUGCAGCUGAACAAACCCCUGCUGCAGCUGAGCCGGCCCCCGUUGCAGCUGAGCCGGUCCCCGUUGCAGCUGAGCCAGCCCCCGCUGUAGCGGAGCCUGCCCCAGCCCUGAAAGAGGCGGUGCAGCCCCAGGUGGAGGAAACCAAAGACACACCUGCACCAGAGGUAGCGGCCCCAGCCGCUGAGGAAAAACCAGUGGAAGAGGCCAAGGCAGCUGAGCCCAGCACUCGGGAGCCCGUGAAAGAGGAAGUGGCGGCUCCCAGUGUGCCAGCAGAGAGCACAGCGGCCCCCGUGCCAGAGCCUGCCGUGGAGGGUGCAGCUGCAGCCCCCGCCCCAGCUGCUGCGGAGCCACCCACCUCCACCCCUGCUCCAGAGGUCACCCAGAGCCCCGCCCCUGAGGCCAAAGUGGAAGGCACAGCAGCAGUGGGAGUGGCCUCACCAGUAACAGGAAGUGAUGAGGCCAAAAAGAACGACUAGGCACCCCUCAAGAAGGAGGAAGCCCCUGGUGAGAGAUAUAUUGCACCAGUGAGAAACAGCAAACCAGGCUCUCCUUCACUCUCCAAACUCCAUUGUUCUCCAUCAAGACGACAGAAGAAAAACCCUUCAUACUCCAAAGACAUAAUUUUUUGGUUGUUGUUUUUUUUUUGUUAAUUUUCUUUUCUGAAGAACAGGGUCAAGGAAAAACACAUGGGAUAAACUUCCACUUGCCCAUUGCCAAGACGCGGUCUGAGACUGACUGUCAACACCAUCGUGCCUUUCUCCUGUGAAUGUGGUGGCGGGUAUUUUCUCUUUUUUUGUAAAUAUUUCCUGUCGCCCAGUCACAUUAGCACUUAGCUAACCAUGAACAACUUGGAAGUGCUUGAAAGCCAGGUCAGGCCUUGAAUUGUGCUUUACAUUUCAGACAGGAGACAAACAAGAGGAAAGUAUAUCCUACUGUAGCAGACAGUGAAAGCCCCAUGUUUACGACAGAGGCUGCAUUGCCACUUUCUACGUGCCAGUGUGGAAUUAACACUGUAGUCUCAAGGCAUGUACUAUAGGUAUGUUACAUAAGUUCAUUACUACUUAACUCAUCCACUCACAAGGAAUGAAAGCCAAAAAUAUAACUGUGAAUAAAGAAUGUGCGCAAGUGUUGAGACAGAGGGGUUAAGCCCGAAGAAGAAAACUUAACCUGCUUUACCACCGCAUGUUAUUUUAAAUCCUGCUAAUAUGGAAUUCAGCUUACUGAUUUUACACAGAGGUUAGAGAAAUCUUGAAGCGCUAGCUUGGUCCAAAUGUACUGGAUCACAGCAGAGUUUUGAUAAGAUUGCUACCUUGCAUGCAUGUUACUGCUAUAUAAAUGUCUCUUUCUUCUUGACCGUGCAGGUCUAUGAGUAACUUGAUUUGACCCCGUUGCAAAUAUUAUGUAAUUCACUCGUUUUUUUGUAAGUGUGCCUAAUUGUAGUUCUGUGCAGGAAAAAAAGAAGAAAAACAAGUAUGUCUUAUAUUGAACGGUAUGUUGAACCAUUGCAAAGUUCCCGAGUUUUGCCCACUUUGCUUAUAACCAGGUGAGUGAGAUUUUGUUCUCGCAACCCGAUGCUGCUGAAGGUGUGGCCAGAGGCUGCCACGCCCUGUCUGCACAGCAUGCCCUCAAAGCGGCUCCAGGUGUUGCUGUGGAGCUCUCCGCUCCCAGCCCUCCCCGACCCAGGGCAGCGCUCGCGCGGGCUGACCCCAUCCGGGGGUUGAGAUGACCGUGCCUAGGAGAUCCCCCCAGGAGGUCCCAUCCCCGAUUCCGAAAUGCGCCCCUCUUUAGCGAAAACCAAACAGGGCCCAGGCGUAAACCCCAGCACUCCAACACAGGGGAGGGGGAUGCACUAAACCAUGCCCAUUCCAAAACUGUCCCGCGGUCACAAACGGACAUCCAAGAGCGGCACCAAACUAGCACUUCCACAGAUGCCUUUACUCCCUUUAACAAUUGCACAGCUUGUUAAAAAAUGGGAAGUCCCUCUGGAAGGGUUUUUGACACCAACUCAGCUUUCCAAUGGCUCCACAUACCUCCUCUGAACUGUAAAUGACAGGACUGUUUGCAAUGUGUUUUCCCUUCUGAAAUGCCUUCUGAAAAAGGGCUCAGCUAUAUCCUAUAACAAUGAUGAUAGUAUGCAGUGUAGUAAGUAAAUGACAUGGGGGGUCAGGGGAAAAAGUGCCUUGUUAUACUCUGUUGCUAUGCAGGACUUUGUGAACGGUCCUUUACCUGUAAUAUACGCACCCAGACUUUGUCUUCAAUGCACCAACUACUCUGUGUACAGUAUAAAUAAAGAUGCUCUCACUAACG